AUGUAUCUCCUCUGCCAGACGAAAUACAUCCUCCAACAAAGUUCCAAAUGUUCAACGAAGAAAAAUAUCAGCUUGAAGAAUAGCGUUCUAAAGAAUAAAGAGCACAUUGAUAGGGUUUGCACUUUAGUUAAGGUAAUCCGCACAAGCUUGUCUUUUUUGAUUACCUGGCUUUGUAGAGUAAAAUUUGGAAAAAUAUCCUACUCAAGAGAAAAAUCGUGGGCGCGAGCCGGGUCCUUAUGUUCACAUCCAGUUAAAAUGUUGGAGACUGGUUUUAUGAGAAACAUUGAAAAAAUUUUUGAAGAGAGUCAGUUCACAGGGGAAUUGAUAUUAACAGGACGUAAGCUGAAACAUUUCCCAAGGAACUCAUCCAGAUUUGAUUUGAUUGAUCUUUGCAAAGCAGAACUCUCACACAACCUAUUUUCCGAUGUACCAGCUGAAGUAUGCUCUUUCAUUUCAUUGGAAUUCCUCAAUUUAUCACAUAACUCCAUCAAAAGUUUACCUUUUGCCAUCACCGAUUUAAAAGAACUUGUUGAACUUAACAUCAGUAACAACCAGCUGAGCAGUCUUCCUGGUUGCAUAUGUGAGCAACUACAUCAUCUGCAGAUCCUCAUACUCAGUGGAAACAAAUUAUCCUCCAUUCCCGAUGAGAUUGGUCAGCUCCUGAAGCUCUCCCUUCUCGAUGUCAGCAAUAAUGAACUAACUCAACUGCCUAACCAAAUUGGUGACCUGUGCUCAUUGAAAGAUUUGAAUCUCAGAAGAAACAUGCUUAUUGAGCUACCCAUCUGCUUAAGUCGAUUAAUGUUACAAAAACUGGACAUCUCGUGUAAUCGAAUAGCACAUAUACCAUGUGACUUCAGGAAGGUCACAACAUUGGAGGUCAUCAAAUUGGAAGGCAACCCAUUCGUUUCACCACCUGCUCAGUUGUGCUUGCGAGGUCUGGUGCACAUCAUGAAGUUUUUGAACAAGGAAGCCACGAAACAUGAAUCUCGAUCGAGUAUUGCAGUCGGUGGCUCGCUGCACAGGCGCAUGAAACGAUCAUCUUCCUUCUCCACAACAAUCGAUAGAUCUAAAUCUUACAACAUAGGAAAUACCAGUUCACUUUUUUACAACAACGUCAUCAACAAUACGAGCACCAACUACACUGGCAAUCAUGUAAACAUCUACAACAAUAUCAGCAGCAACAACAACCACAACAAUCUCAACAGCAUGACAAACCCAUCAACAAGUUUUAAAAGUUCAAUGGCUGAUUAUUAUGAGAGAUCAAAGUCAUUGAAAGGGGAUAGAAGAAAUAUUGAUUCAAACAACAACAACAGCAACAACAUUGGGAAAAAGACAACCAACAACUCAACUAGCAUUUCUGCAUAUGAAAACAUAAUGAACAACAACAACAUAAGCCCAUCAUUAACCCCCACAGUAGCAGCAGUAGCAACAACAACAACAACAACUGCAUCUAAAAGUAACAAAUUGGCAAGUCAAGCGAGUGCUGCUUCUCAUCAAUUGGAAGUGUGGCUGACUGGCCUUCAACACUCACAGCAACGUCAAAACAACAACAACAGCAGCAGCAACAACAACAACCUUCUCAGAAGUGACAAGCCUAAUUUAUUAGAUGCAAGAAAUAAACAUCCUGAUAAUGAUGCCAUAAGUAAGGAGCUGCAGAGGCAGAAGGCCGAGUAUGAAUCGAAGAAAAAGAAGGUGGAGCUGUUGAAGCAGAAGCUGGACACUGCUAAGAAUGAUGCUGAGCGAAACAUCAUCCUACAGCACUAUCUCAAUGAAGUCAAUUCCAUUAAUAACAACCUCACAAUCAACGGCAGCAGUAGUGGCAGCAGCACUACUAAAAGUGUCACAACAGACUGUCUCGUUAAUGGGUCUAGUGCUGAAGAUAAGCAGAGUGCAUCAACAGUUUUUUCUCCAUCAUCAGCUUCCUCCUCCUCAUCAACAUCACUGCCCUCCUAUCCAAAUGGUUGGCCCUCGUCCAAUGCAAACACGUUGCCUCGCUGUGGCUCCGGCAGGGAAGCUGUUGAACAGGCCAAACCAAAGUCGAAACUUCAAAACUUCAAAGUGCCUGUCCUUCGCAAAUCAACAGCAGGAGCACCAGGAAUAACGCAGAACAGCAGUGAAGACAACGCAAGAGUGAAUGGUGCAGCAACUAACAGCAUAACAUCUAAUUUGAAGACGAACAGCAGCAGCAAUAACUCGAACCAAUCAAAAACAUCUGCGAAUCGCCUGAAUGGAUUGACAUCUAGUGGCCCCAACAACGUUAAUGCAGGUUCAAAACAAGACGCUGCAGGAAGCAAGUCGAGGGAUGUGAUGAACGACAAGGAGAAAGCGCAAGUUGAAAAAAUGAGAAAAUCAAUGGAAACAUUACUGAAGACGAAUCUUCCAUUCGAAACGCUGGAGUCCUCUUUAAAGGACGGGGUCAUCUUGUGUCACCUCAUCAAUGUUGUGCGGCCCAGAGCCGUUCCAUGCAUUCACGUUACCUCACAUACAGCUCCGGUUCUCAGUGCUCCAAAAGUUCGAAGAAAUGUUGACAACUUUCUGCAGGCUUGUAGAAAAUUUGGAGUCGAUCAGAGCCACAUAUGUGCAGCGUCGAGCGUCACCGACGACUUCAACAUCGUAGCCAUCGCCACCACCGUCAACGCGCUCAUCUCAUCAUCGUCGUCCUCACCGUCAGCUAAGCCUACAGUUCUGUGAUGAUGAUGUUUCGUGGAUUUUUGCUUAUAUAAUAACGAACAGUGACUAAAUAUUUUUUUAAUAUUAAUGUUGGUGUCAUCCUUUUACGCUGAUGUCAUCUGACACGUGUUCAUGUUUUCAUUACUGUUCUUCAAUCACAUCAAGUUCAUUUACAUGGUUUGUUGGUUUAGUUGAUGUACGGUCUAUUGAAAUUUUGUUGGGUUUUAAUUUUGUAGUCCUAAUAAAUGUUUUGAUGGUGGUGGUCAUAAAAAUGGUGAGAUUGGCCAUCACGUAUGCGACGCAACUUACGUUUUUCUUUUUAAUUUUAUAUCUUUUAUACUUCAAGAUUUUUAUAAUUUUCCACCGGCCAUUUGCCAUUAUCGUCUGCCAUCAUCAUCUAUCAUCUUCCGUCCAUAGAUCACACACAUUACUUCUUCAAUUUGACUGCUGCCUCUUUGGAAUGAUGAUAGUGAUAACGAUUCUGAUGCUGAUGAUGAUUCUGAUGAUGUGAUAUAAUAUCUUCAAUGAUUAUAAUGUUUUGGUAAACCAUUUCAUAGUUCUUUCUUAUAUGGUAUCAGUGAUAAUGAUAGUGCUAUCAACGUCAUUUCACGUUUUGUUCAUUGAAAUAUGAAAUAUAUUUAUUAGAAAUAAAAAUUUUAAACAGCUUUAAAAUGGAAUAAUUGAAUGUUGGAAUGAAGAAUUAGAAAGAGGAAAAAUGUUUUCAAAGUGAUAAAAGAGAUCAUUAAAUAUGAUGGUGGUGAUGAUGAUGAUGACAGAUGUGGUGAUAAUGGGUAAUGUUAAUGAUGUUUGCUAAUGAUCAAUUAUUUGUAAGGUUUGGGUGAGUUUUAUCUUUUCUGAGGUCAAGCCGUGAUAGUUUAAUUUCGUUCGUUCCAUCCAUUGCGCUCCUUGUUCUCCGUGUAAAGAUAUUAAUUUAUUAUUUCAUACACUUUUCAUGAAUUUAUUUUACUUUUUCAAUUAGAAGUACGUAUAUUACAAAAAAAAAAUUAUUUCAAAUUUGUGACCAUCUUUUUAAUAAGUAGAUCACCCUUCGUUUGGAUCAGUAACAGUAUUCGAAAUUUAUUUUCUCGAUUUUAACCUUUUUUAACAUGUUUUUAGAUUUUUUUUUUUUUGUUUAACAGCUUGAAAUAUGUUAAAGAAUUAUCUUUCUUUACCAGUUUAUUAGAAAUAUUGAUUAUCUCCAACAAUAUUUAUUUCUUUGUCUUUGAAUUAAACCGAUCAUGAAUAUGAUUUGCACAUUAAAUUUUCAGUUGAUCAUUUUAUGUUGUCUAAUUGUAACUUUAAAUAAAUUCUAAAUCUACAUUACAAUAUCAUCAUUCGAAUGUUGUUUGCACAUAUACAGAUUUAUUUAUAUUGAAGUUAGUUGCGUAAUAUUUGUUCUGACUGGUU